GGUUCCCAGUGAACAGGACAGCAGGCAGGAAGCAGAACUUCUGGCCUGGGGAGCUGGGCACAUGGAGGAGUGGGAGGAAGCUUCUCCAGACAAUCCUGCUCCUACUAGCCCUGGGCCACCCUGGAGAGAGUGCACUGCAGGGACCCCCCAGGCCCAGGAGAAGCCACAGCAAAGGCGUGGGCAAGCUGGGUGCAUGUAUCCCCAGGGGUCCCCCAGGUGGGAGGGGCAGGAGCAGCAGGGAGUGGGGUUCCAGGGGGUGCAGGAGCCAGCAGAGAAGCAGGUUAAUGGGAGGAAGGGGGAGCAGAGGCAGGACCCUGAGCAGGGGCAGGAAGGUGUGGAGACUGGGGGGCUGGGAGGCCUGACUCAUGGCCAGUGGGGUCAAGAGGAGAGUGGGGGGAGGCCCCAGCCGCCAGAGGAGAAUGGGGUGGACGCUCAGCCUGAAGAGAAGCCGGAGGAGGUGCCUGGGAAGCAGGAAGACCAGGGUCUGGACCUGGCGCUGAUUCCAGUAGAGAAGUGUGGGGAAGAGGCAGGUGAGGGGGACCCAGGAGACCAUGCUGGGAGCGGGCCAGGGGCCAGGGGAGAGCAGGCAGAGCACAAUGACCCCUCCACUCUGGUUCCCCUGUCCCCAGGCAUCCCUCCUCCCUGUGACCUGUUCCCAGAGGCCUCUUGUCCCAUAACUGGGGUUCCCCAGGCUCAGGUAGGCCCCCAGGCUGGGGAAGUGUCCCCACCUGCUCUGACCCCUGGCACAGAGCCAGGACAGUCCCACUUGCCCAUGUCCCCACCUAGCCCCUUCCCUACCUGGGCAUCCCCUGACAAAGAGGCAUCUCAGGAAGGCCACCAAGAGGGGCCCAAGCAGGGGUUGGGGUCCAGGACAGUCUCCACCAGCACCUUGGGGACACCGCCAUGGACACUGGACUUGGCUCCUGGCAGUUCUGCUCAGGCCUCCCCCUGUUCAGUCGCCUCAUUGCCCACCAGCCCCGCAGUGGAGACCUGUCCUGCUGUGGGAUCUCCAGAAGUUUCCAGGACCUCUCUCUCCAGAAACAGUCCCAUUCUCUGUGUGACUCCUGAGACCCCCACGGCUACCCCCCAUGACUCCUCCUCCACAGAGGCCGCCUGGGACCUGUGCCCCAGCCCCACGGGGCCCCCCCCACAGAGCCCCCCAGCCGGCCCCACAGGGUCCCCCCUGCAGAGCCCCUUGGUCAGCUCCACAGGGCCCCCUCUUCAAAGCCUCCCGGUCAGCCCCACGGGGUCCCCCCCGCAGAGCCCCCCAGCCAGCCCCUCAGGGACUGGCCUACACCUGAGGAGCAGCUCCUUUACAAGCCCCCAUCGGACCAGGCUCCUGCCAGACCUGGCAACCAGGUCGCUUUCUUUCUCCCACUCGGAGCCACCCCCGAGGCCCCCCAAACCUGCCAUCUACGGCUCUGUAACCCCAAGGAGGGACAGGAGGAGCAGAAGGGACAGCAGCAUCACCGUGGAACCCCAGAUGGCAUCACCCACUCUGUGGCAGGGCCUGGAGGUGCCCUACUCUGAGCCUGAGGGGGCGGGUGGUGCCCACCCUUGGGCUUGCCAGCAUAGCUCAGCCCCAGCCCCACCCCUGGUCUCUGUAGAUAGGAGGAUCCCUGAGCCCCCACUCCCCCUCGAGAAGAGGCACGUUCUGUCCCCCACAGGGGAGAGGGACUCCUGUCUUCAGGCAGUGGCCCCCAGACCGCAGCAGCACAGCCAUCCGGCCCCCCUUGCCCUCGGCUCAGGGCCCCACUGCCCCCCCAAGUGCCCAUCUGACCCACUUGUGGCAAGACAGCUUCGGCCCCUGCCUGCCACCCCGGACUUCCCUGACUCUGCUCAGACCUUUCUGCCCCCUAAGCCCAGAUACAACAAGCCUUUGCCCCCCACGCCCGAUGGUCCCCAGCCCCUGCCUUCCUCCAGCUCCUUGUCCAGGAGCCCCAGGACCUAUAAGCCACUGCCUCCCCUCCCCACUAUGGACCCUUCCAUUGAGCCGCCCCCUCUGCCUCCGAAGGCCAGGGCCAGGAGCAGAAGCACUCAGGGGGGGCUCAUGAGCGCAGGGGGCCAGGCCAGGCCAAGGCCUGGGGGACAGGACUGGUCAACACCCUUGUCCCCCUCAGCUGGCCGCACCUCCUGGCCCCCUGCUGCUGGCCUGUCCACCGACCCCUUGGCACAUGCCAGCAGGGGUAGGAGUGACAGGGCCUCCGGCAUGGCUUUCAGCAACGCAACAAACUUUCUGAGCCUCUCGUCCCCCACCACUGGUUGGCCCCCAGAGGAUGGGUCCUGGCUCACAGAGGAGCUGAGGGGCCCCACCCGAGGACCCUCAAGAAGAGCAGUCCCUCAGGAGGGGGCCAGCAGCUCUCGGGGAUCAGAGCUCGGCUGGACGAGGCCUCCAGAGAGACCUGACCACCAAUCCCUAGAGAAGUCUUCCAGCUGGCCCCAUCAGAGAGACCCAGGCAGACCCCUGCCUGGUGGCAGCGGACCAACCCCCGGGGAGGGGCAUAGCAACAGCAAGGGCUGGAACCGGCAGGGCCUGCGCAGGCCCUCCAUUCUGUCCGAGGACACCUCAGAUACAAGAAGUCCAGCCAUGGAACGGGCCUCCGGCUCCUCAGACACCAUCAUUUUCCGGGAGAAAAAGCCAAAGGAGGCAAUGGGAGGCUUCUCCAGACGCUGCUCAAAGCUCAUCAACUCCUCCCAGCUGCUCUACCAGGAGUACAGUGACGUGUUCCUCAACAAGGAGAUCCAGAGUCAGCAGCGGUUGGACAGCCUGGCUGAGGCCCCUGGGCUUGCGUCACCCCGGCAGCCCCGCAAAGCCCUGGUCCCCUCUGAGUCCUACCUGCAGCGCCUCUCCUCGGCCUCCAGCAGCUCGCUGUGGCAGGAAAUCCCUGUGGUGCGCAACAGCACCGUGCUGCUCUCCAUGACCCAUGAGGACCAGAAGCUCCAGGAGGCCAAGUUUGAGCUGAUUGUCUCAGAGGCUUCGUACCUGCGCAGCCUGAAUGUGGCUGUGGACCACUUCCAGCUGUCCACCGCACUCCGGGCCACCCUGUCCAACCAGGAACACCAGUGGCUCUUCUCCCGUCUGCAGGACGUGCGUGACGUCAGCACCACGUUCCUCUCCGACCUGGAAGAGAACUUCGAGAACAACAUCUUCACCUUCCACGUGUGUGAUGUGGUCCUGAACCAUGCCCCCCACUUCCGCCGGGUCUACUUGCCCUACGUCACCAACCAGACCUACCAGGAGCGCACCUUCCAGAGCCUGCUGAGCAGCAACAGCCACUUCCGGGAGGUCCUGGAGAGGCUGGAGAGCGACCCCGUCUGCCAGCGCCUCUCCCUCAAGUCCUUCCUGAUCCUGCCCUUCCAGCGCAUCACCCGCCUCAAGCUGCUGCUCCAGAACAUUCUGAAGAGAACACAGCCCGGCUCCUCGGAGGAGGCAGAGGCCACGAAGGCUCACCACGCCCUGGAAGAGCUGAUCAGAGACUGCAACAGCAACGUCCAGAGGAUGCGGCGGACCGAGGAGCUCAUCUACCUGAGCCAGAAGAUAGAGUUUGAGUGCAGAAUAUUCCCACUGAUCUCGCAGUCCCGCUGGCUGGUCAAGAGUGGGGAGUUGACAGCCUUGGAGUUCAGUGUGUCCCCAGGGCUGCGGAGGAAGCUGAACACGCGCCCUAUCCACCUGCAUCUCUUCAACGACUGCCUGCUGCUAUCCCGGCCUCGAGAGGGCAGCCGAUUCAUGGUGUUUGACCACGCCCCCUUCUCUGCUGUCCGUGGGGAGAAGUGUGAGAUGAAGCUGCACGGUGCUCACAAGAACCUCUUCCGGCUCUUCCUGAGGCACAACACCCAGGGCACCCAGGCCGAGUUCCUCUUCCGCACGGAGACUCAAAGCGAGAAGCUCAGGUGGAUCUCUGCGCUGACCUUGCCCAGAGAGGAGAUGGACCUCCUGGAGUGUUAUGAUUCCCAACAGGUACGAUGCCUUCGUGCCUACAAGCCCCGCGAGAAUGACGAGCUGGCGCUGGAGAAGGCUGAUGUGGUGAUGGUCAUGCAGCAGAGCAGUGACGGCUGGCUGGAGGGCGUGAGGCUCUCAGAUGGGGAGCGAGGCUGGUUCCCAGUGCAGCAGGUGGAGUUCAUCUUGAACCCAGAUGUCUGUGCACGGAAUCUGCAGGAAGCACAGCGUGUGAAGACUGCCAGGUUGCAGCUGGUGGAGCAUCAGGCCUAGCUGUCCUGGGGGGCCCCUGGGCAUACAGACACGAAAUCCCUGGGGAGGACUGGCCCCAGCACCCUGCAACGAGGCCGAAGUGCCCAGGACCAAGCCCCGCCUCCCCUCUGUGCUCUGGACCCUGGGUGUCUUUUCUCGCAGGAAACAGGAGCAAGGGGGCCUGAGCUGGGGAAUGUGACUUCUCCUGCCCUACAAUAGUUAAACAAUCUCUGCUUCAGGGCAUAGGUGCGGAGCUGGCUGGAGUUCCCAUGACAGUGGCCAUAUGUCAAGCAGGGUCUGGUCUCAGGCCCCUGAGGGGAGAUGUGUGGGUGGGGGGGGCGGUGAACAUACCAGACGGGAGGACCAACCUGGUGGCCUCGAAGAUAUGUCCUGGCCCUGGAGCCUCUCUGUAACUGUAUGUGUGGUCGGGUGUUUCCAUUGGGCUCUUCUCUGCUGGUGGUGAUGUGAGGUUAGGACUCCCUCACGCUAAUAAACAUGGCGCUUCUCUGAGUGGUUUCUUCUGACUCCUCAGCACUGAGUGAGGUUCAGAACACGGGGUUCCCUGAGGCUCCCAGCCUGUGUGAUAUAGGUUACCGUGUCUGUCGACCCCUGCCUGUGACCCCUGACUUUGGGCUAUUUUUCUGCUUGCUACGGCCUCAGAGGCUGUAGGUCUUUCAUAUCUGAGUUCGGACCAAGUAACCUCCAAAGCUCCAUCCAACUCUAACAACACACAGUCUAUUCUCGUGA